GUUGUGUCGCAUCUGAAGCCUUUAUUCUGUCGUCUUGAAGACUUUGAGGACCAUUUCUUGCUCGUCACCAAAAUAAGAAGUUACGGAAAACUACGUGAUAACAGACACUGAAUUAUAUCUUCUAAACCAACAACUUGACGCCAUAGCGCAGGGCUGACUGCAUUCGAGCAACUUUGAACAUAGGCCACAUCAAUUGAAGACUGCCGGCCUACCAGGUUCACCUGAAGAAUUUCACUCUGUGAAGCACAUCAAUAAGAGAAAUGGCCUCAUAAGCACCCCGUAGUGUGGCCCAAGACGGUCUAUCUCUUCAAUCAACUUCCUAUAUGAAGGUUUUACGAGUCACAAUUACGUAAAUCCUGAAAAGCUGCCAUCGAACAACGCUUCUUCGUCAUUUUGUCGCAAAAAAUGCAUUAGUGAACGUUGUACAAAUAAAGAACAAGUGAUAUAAACCAGUUCGAAAGUAUUACGUGAGGCAUAGUAGAUGAUUUGGAUGAGCUCGUUGAGUGAUAACAGAAUUAGCUCGAACCAUUUCACUUAGGGACACAGACUAAUGUAUAGUGAUCACAAACUAAACAUAGAGCUGAAGAGUAUGAAAAAAAUAAUGUUAAGCUAUCGCUGACCUUCAAUUCAUGCUUAUAUAAUUAUAUAGAUAUAAUUAUAGCAAGGUUGACGCUUAACUACGAGAUUCUAAUAUUUAGAUUAUUCUGCAAACAAUAAUGCUGUAGAAAUAAAUUUCGUAAAUGUCAUGAUAUUAAUUCUAUACAUGUGCCAGAAAUGAAAAUAAUAAACUAAUGUUUUUCAAAAUCCUCUGAUAAAGAGACACUUGCAGUAAGAUUUUAAUUGAAACACCGAAAUUGAAUCUUUCACUUUUGGACUUGCUAAAACGGCCCCAAACUCGGAAACAGAGAUCGCCAGCCAAAGCAUCCGCAUAUAAUGCCUUGUUUCGAGCAAUCCUCUUUCGGUAACGGCUCGGAAAAACCUGAAGCCAAUGCACAAUGUAGCUUUUUAUCAAGCUUAACUGAGCGGUCUAUUGAAAAAGUCAACUUGUCCUCAAAACAAGGCGAAACAGUUGAGCGACAUUGCCGCUCUGGCGAGCCGUACCUCAGUGAUCCCAAUGAGCCGGAUAAAUCCGCAAUCAGCAAUAAAGUAGGCACUGCAUCGAGCGACCGAAGUCAAAGCACAGACUGCACUGGACUUCUUGCAGAGACCAUUGGACCAGAGGACGAACAUUGCAGUAGAUUUCAGUUUCAAUCUACCGGGUCCACGAACAAGCAUUGCAGCGAAGGGCACCCAAACGAGAAUAUGCCUACGGACAAACGUUGUUCUAAACUUCGGUCAAAAUCGUUUGCACACUUGGACAAACUCUCUACCGGGCAAAAUUCACAGCAAAUGCAGAAAAUUCAUCCGCAUUUAGUACCCAUAAUGUUAAAAUCAGAGGAAAUAAAGGAUGGAAAUCAUUUAGGACUUCAAUCAGAGAUAUCAGUUGUAAUGAAUAUGGAAAGCAAUAAACUACCGGUCUUAUCAGCUGGACUCUACCAUAGGGUACGAAGUGAUGAAAGUUUUGUGCAAAUAAUGGCGGAAGAAGACCAGUUUUGUCCCAUGUUUCAAUCAGAAAUUAGUCGCCUUGGAAACGAAACUCGGCGAGGUAAACCACUAAAGGCAGGCAGAGUGGCAUUAAAAACCUCAGCGAAAAACGAUAAUGCUUCUAAUUUAACUCUUGAGAGCCCAAUAAAAUACAUUGAUAUUGAUACCCCUUCUUUCCAUUAUCGAUCAAACGUAUCAAUCGGACCUCAGUCUUCCAACAGCGCUGAUCACAAUUCACAGCCACCAGCGCCACCGCGCCGCAGCCGCGAAAAUGAACACGCAUCAAUACCUGAGAGCAGCCAUUGCGAGUCAAAAGAUUUCCUCACAGGGAAAAAUCCUUCCAAUAUCAGAAAAAUUGGCGAUUUCAGUUCCUACUUCACAAGAAUGUUGCUACUCUCCUUUAUAUUCUUCGGUGCUGUCUUGUGCCUAGAGCCAGAGUUCCUUGAGCCCCUGGAGAACGUGACGGUUACUGAAGGCAGAGAAGCGACGUUCACUUGCGUUGUGGACCAUUUGGGCGGCUUCAAGGACAAUUGGGUUUGGGUGGCAUGGAUCAAGGCGGACACUAAGGCUAUUCUGGCCAUCCACAACCGAGUGAUCACCCACAACAACCGAAUGUCCGUCAUCCACUCCGACCACAACACAUGGGAGCUCACCAUCAAGUCGGUCCGGCGCAACGACUCCGGAGAAUACAUGUGUCAGAUCAACACAGAUCCCAUGAAAAACCAGGUAGGGUACCUGAACGUGGUGAUACCACCCGACAUCGUGAGUGAAGAAACGUCGGGGGACAUCAUGGUGCCUGAGGGCAGUCCCGUGAAACUCACCUGCAGUGCCCACGGCUACCCAGAACCCACCAUCAAGUGGAGGAGGGAGGACGGGGCACCCAUUAUCCUGAGGAGCCAGGGAGGACCCAAAAAUGAGUUGACCGUGUAUGAAGGCCGGGAUUUAGUACUGGAGAAAGUAACCCGGGAUGACAUGGGUGCGUACAUGUGCAUCGCAUCCAACGACAUCCCUCCAGCCGUCAGCAAGCGCAUACUCGUCAUGGUGCACUUUCAUCCGCUGGUGCGGAUCCCUAACCAACUUGUGGGAGCACCGCGCGGUACGGACGUAACACUAGAAUGUGAGGUCGAAGCGAGCCCCAAGAGUAUAAACUAUUGGACCAAACUAGACCAGCAUGGUCCCGUCAUUGUUGACAGUCGAAAAUACGUCAACGAAGAAAUCAUCAAGAACCCGUACACGAUGGCGUUGCGCCUCUCGGUCAAGAACUUGGACGAAGGCGACUUCACGACCUACUCCUGCACGGCCAAGAACUCCCUCGGCGAAGUCGUGGGCAGCAUCAAGCUCUAUGAAAUCGAGCCGCCUUCCCCCCGAACUACCGCCACCGAGCCGCCCCCCGUGACCGAGUCUCGGGACCUGUUAUCUGGUGGCCGCAACCACGCCGACAUCGCGACACGGGUAGACGUGGUUGCACCAGGCGACCAGCGCUCGUACCACCACCAAAUCAACCGCUAUGCAUAUUCAACCAGACCACCACCUUAUCUCAACCAGCCCACAACCAUUGGCUCGCAUUACUCGCAGAAUAAUUACCGGGAUAUUCUAGGCAUGAGUUCGGGUGCUGGAAGCUCGAUGGGUGUCUAUGAUAGAGCAUGGCGCGUGCUGGUAAUGGUGGUGUGCGGUAUCAUUUCCGUGGUGGUUUUGGGUGAAAAUACCCGCAAUGGUGAGUGGAAUGUAAUGCUACAAUGAAGACUGUAGUUUAUUUCAGUAUAUUCCAUGAAGUUACAAACACUUAUUUUUGAUCUUGCAUCCAAUAAAUUUGAUAAGACAUGGGCAACUAUAUCCAAGUAGUGGGUUUCAGUGCACUUGCAUUGUAAGUUUCGGUGCUUCCUUUCCGGUAUCGUGAGAUUUUCCCUAUAAAUACGCGCUGUUGACCACUAGGAAUUCAUAUAUCAAUCAAUUCAACGCUUGAUUUCCAUUACAUAGUAGCAAAAGCAACGAAUUUCAGAGCCCCAGAAAAUUUUUUAAGAUUUUUCUGGGAAGAUCCAUUCGAAAAUACAAUUUUUAAUCUACUAAAUUAAAGUAAGUCUGCCUUAUUUCCUUACUUCAACCCAUAGACGAAUUUUUGUUGGUCGUCAAGCCGAUUUCCUCCACGUGGCAACCUAUUUCAACUGGAAAUUAUUUAAUAGCAUUUCAAGGUAAACUCAAGUUCACUGAAGCGAAAUUGAGAUUUCAGGACAUCUGAGAGAAAAAAACUCAGUUGGGAUAAUGAAGCUACCAUAAAUGGUACCCGGAUAAUAGAGCUACUACCUACUAUAAAUGGUACCCGGAUAAUGAGCUUGCCAUAAAUGGUAUCCGGAUAAUGGAGCUACCAUAAAUGGUACCCGAAUAAUGGAGCUACUAUAAAUGGUACAAGGAUGCUUUCACUACCAAAAACGAUUAUUAGCUUGCAGUUUGUUCAUUUCAAAAGAAUGUCUGGCAAAGAUUUGCAACGAUUACCAAGCGCCGCCCACCUAUCAAAUUCAGAGAGUUCUGUUAGUUAAAAAACUUAUUAUUAGUACAAUAAAUUAUUGAAAAUGCAACUAAUACUGCACAUUAACAGGUAAAAUGUUGUAUUUGUGGUUGGUAAUGCUCUGUGGUUAGUUUUGAUUCGAUCGUUAAAAAUUUUUUUGGAAGCACUGAUGUUGACACCCAGGGCAUAUGCAUAUGGUAUAGCAUUCAAUAUAUUUGGGAUAGCAGACAGUAUUUAAAAUAGCAGAAAAUAUAUUUUGGAUAGCAGACAAUAAAAAUUGGAUAUAAUAUCGGAUGGUGAAUCUGUCGGCUAGAGAGCGAUCGAAAUUUGACAAAUAAAUUACUCGGUGCAAAAGUUAUGAUGCGCCAAAGAAUGCAAUAAAAGGAUAGCUAAUUUUAAAACAAUGCAAUAAAUAUAUGAUCAUGGAAACAACACCCAUAGAAGCAAUAAGAAUGAGUUAACAUUUGAUUGCAAUAAUUAUUGAAAUCUCAAACAUAUUCUUCAAUGCUCGUAUAUAUCUACCCAAUUGAAGACAGCAUAAAGUUUUGUGUGUCAAGGGCUAAAAAUUUCAAAUUUGAAAAAACUGAUUCUUAGUUUAGUAAAUACCAA